CUUGGUUUCCUCUUUCCUUCUCCCGCCGACCAGGUGCAUUUAUAUUUCAUCGUUUAUCAUCCAUCAAAUACACAAAACAAUGAUGGACCAGGAAUUAGACCACCACGCUCGGCGGAAAAGAGUGGCGGACGAGCUUGUAAAAGGCAAAUAUUUGGCUACUCAGCUCCAAACCCUACUUCAAAACCCCACCAUAGAUCAUAUUGGAACGUCCAACUCAUUGGUUCCUAAACUGUCUCUUGAGAUCUUUAGGUCCUUCACGGAUGCCCUCUUCCAUAUCAAUAACUGCCUCGACACGCCACCACCGCAGCUGCGGGGUCUCUCGAACUCCGGAGAUGAUCGGAAGUAUUCGGAAGACUCCGACUGGUGGCGCGUCGAGAACAAAGCUGCUCAGCAGCCCUCAACUAAAUCUCGUAGAGGGUGCUACAAAAGAAGAAAAACUUCCGAGGCAUGGACGAUUUUGUCCAAAACAAUGGAAGAUGGUUGUUCAUGGAGGAAAUACGGCCAGAAACACAUUCUCAAUUCAGAAUAUCCGAGGUCAGGUGUUAUUUUAGGUGCACCUACAAGCACACCCAAGGGUGCAAAGCAACAAAACAGGUUCAGAGAGUUUCAGAGAAUGAGUACCAAACCACAUACUUUGGUAACCACAACUGCAAAGAAGAUCCACAUUAUGCUCCCAAUCAACUACAACCAGAAGAGGAAGAUAAUGAACAUUCUUCUUCCUACAAAUAUUAUCACAAGGAAGAUGAAUCUUUAACUGUUUCUGGAUCGGAUGACUCAUCACUACUUCCUGAAGAAAUGAUCCAAUUUAAUCCUCAAGGAGCUAAUAACCUUGAGUAUCAUAGUUGCUUCGAAAAUCUGGACAAUAUCCUCCGGUCGGACGAGAUGUUACUCCUCAACUUCUUAGACAACUAAUCAUCGACAGUAUGUAUAAAUGUGUGUGUUUGUUUGUCUAUAAUCUAGACACACACAUUCAUUAAUUCUCCUACGUACAAUAGUAAAAAGUUUAAUAAUAAUGUACAAAAGUAGUUAAUUAAGUUCUUACUUUUGCAUAUUGUCCUGAAUUUAUUCUUAUUCAGGAAUAAUAUUGAGUGAUCUCUUU